UCCAUUUAACCAAAGCCAUCGCAUGCUCUCACACACGCACACAAAGCAAAAAAAAUGAAGUUCUACACGUUUAUUAUCUUGAGUUUAGCUUUCUUGCUAGGAAGUACCUGGGCAGAACAAUGUGGAAGACAAGCUAAUGGUGCUGUCUGUCCAAAUGGGCUAUGUUGUAGCCAACAUGGAUGGUGUGGCACCACAAACGAUCACUGUGGAAAUGGUUGCCAAAGCCAAUGUAAGCCAGCAACUACACCUUCCAAACCAACCCCAACCCCCACCCCUAGUGGUGGUGGUGGUGAUGUUGGCAGCCUCAUCAGCCUCUCUCUAUUCAAUGAACUGCUUAAACAUCGCAACGAUAACCGCUGCCCCAGUCACGGGUUCUAUACCUACGAUGCUUUCAUCACUGCUGCUCGAUCUUUUGGUGGGUUUGGCACCACGGGUGAUGUUAAUACUCGUAAAAGGGAGCUUACUGCUUUCUUGGCUCAAACUUCUCAUGAGACUACAGGAGGUGGAGGGUGGGCAAGUGCACCAGAUGGUCCAUAUGCAUGGGGAUAUUGCUUUGUAAGGGAGACAAAAAUGGAAACUUAUUGUGAUGACAAAACGCCAUGCCCUCCUGGCAAAAAAUAUUAUGGAAGAGGACCUAUCCAACUCACUCACAAUUACAACUAUGAUUUAGCUGGUAAAGCCAUCAAGUUGGACUUAAUAAACAAUCCAGAUCUUGUAGCCACAGACCCAGUGAUUUCAUUCAAGACAGCCAUAUGGUUUUGGAUGACCCCACAGGCCAACAAGCCAUCAAGCCACAAUGUCAUCAUAGGCCAAUGGACACCAUCCCCUGCAGAUACGUCAGCUGGUCGAGUCCCAGGCUAUGGUGUCAUCACCAAUAUAAUCAAUGGUCGUCUUGAAUGUGGGCAAGGUGCUAAUGAUAAGGUGGCUAGUAGGAUAGGGUUCUAUAAGAGGUACUGUGACAUUUUGGGAUUAGGCUAUGGAAACAAUUUGGAUUGCUAUAAUCAAAAGCCCUUUGGUUAAAUUGCUCAGCUCAAGACUCAUGACUCAUGAGUAAUAUAGUAAUACUACUCCUGCUAAGUACUAAAUAUCUAGCAGGAGAAAAUAAAGAGCAAUAAUCUUAUGUAUCUGGAAAAUCUCUUUCCCUAGUAGAAAAACUUCUAUUAUGUUACAAGCAGUAAAGUGAGUUUGGUUAAUAAUUUUGAUGCC